GGACAAGAAAGUGUACAGUGCACCUUAAGAAAAGCCUGCACUGGCUGUGAUUGGCAAAGACAUUAUUCUCUCCUUGGUACCCUGCCGUUCCGGGAUUACAAUGACGUCACGCUGAUACCCUUGCAUGGAUGAAUGCUAAAGAACUAUAGAGCCACAAAUAAUAGCACAAGCAGAGUCCAUAUCUUAGAGGACUUACGUUAUCCUUUAAGCCUCCUUCAGCUGACACAACAACACUUUUUUUCUCUAUUUUUGUUAUUUUUUAUUGUUUUAUUUUUUGCACUUAAUGACGCUUAAUUUAAUUUCUCAUCGGGUCCUAGGGGGGGAUUAUUCAUUCAUAUAAAACAAUCUGCAGCUGGUGCCCGCCUAAAGUCUCCCUCCUUUGAGUCAAGUCAUCUAUUAUUGAGCGAAAGGCCGUGCGUGGAAAUGUGUGGAAGACGGUGGAUUUGAAGUAGAAUUGGUUGCAAUCGAUCAAGGGUGAAGAAUAUUCUUGAUGGUAACAAAAGAAGCAGCUAUGUCUUUCUCGCAGUUUGGAUAUCCUUACAAUGCAACUUCACAGUUUUUCGUGUCGGCAAACCCCAGUACGACUUGCUGCGAUUCGAUUUCCAGGUCGGUCUCUGACGGGACAGGGAGCUCCCAGACCGCCGCCGCUGCCGCCGCCGCCGCCUCCUUCUGCUGCCCCCCCUACGAGAACCGGCUCCUGGCGAGCAGCCGGACGGAGCUGAACGCGGCGCUGGGGAUGUACAGCUCUCCUUACGCAGCGGCAGCUGCAGCCAGCCAGAACUACGCCAACUACUUCCAAUACAGCGCCGACCCGUCCGCGCUCUACUCCUCUCUGAACCCUCAGUAUGACAUCAAGGACAGCACAAGCACUUUACACUCCGGCAUCACUCAAACGGCUGCAUACUACCCAUACGAUCACUCACUGGGACAGUAUCAGUACGACAGAUACGGGACGGUAGAUUUCAACGGAACAGCACGAAGGAAGAAUGCCACUCGAGAGACCACCAGCACCCUGAAAACGUGGUUAUAUGAGCACCGGAAGAACCCCUACCCCACCAAAGGAGAGAAGAUCAUGCUGGCCAUCAUCACUAAAAUGACUCUCACUCAGGUCUCCACCUGGUUUGCCAACGCCAGGCGGAGGCUUAAAAAGGAAAAUAAGAUGACCUGGUCACCAAAGAACAAGACCAGUGAUGACAGGAAGGACGACCUCAGCAAAAGUGAUCAAGACAUAACCAAAAACUCCAGUGAUUGCAAGGAGGAGAAGGAUCUACAUCUGAGUGAUCUGGAGGACAUGGACGAGGAAGACUGUGACAAGCUGGACAGCGACUGUGAAAAGGUGGCAGCAGACGAGCCGGACCUCCAAAGGGUCAUGGCGGUUUCCGGAGCUCUUCACAAAAGAGACUGCACCUCCGACCUGCACCUGAGCUUAACCAACAGCUUCCACUCGUUCCCCUGCGCCAUCAAAAGCGCCCCCGCCCUCCCUCCUCUCCCCUCCGACUUCCUGGAGUCCAAAGCCGCCCCUUCGACCGGCUCGACGGCAGGAGCGGUGUCCUUGUCUCACUUCGACGCGUCCGAAAAACCUCGGAUUUGGUCUCUGGCUCGGACGGCGGCUUCAGGGGUUAUACUGAGUGCUCAGCAGCACGGCUCCGAACUGAGAAAUUCAGCGGGGGACUGUCAGCUCCAAAGCUCCCGAAUUUCUGUACAGUGUGGGGCCAUGAGGGGCCUCCACGAAUCUAGCAGUGUCAAUAAUGCUGAGAGCCCCUUCUCGGAGGGCUCGUCCUUGCACUCAAAAGUCUGUGGAACUGGCAGCUACAGUCAUAAAGGCCUGCAGCUUAACUGUCCGUCCUAUACUGCACUCCAAGAGACAUGUCAGUACUCCAGCAUCGAAGGAUUCUCUGGGGGCAAAGCAGAGAUCCAGUCAUCUGACCUCAGUGAAGCCUGCGGGACCGCGCAGGAUGACAAGGUCACUGCAUUCAGGCCAGUCAUGAAGAGGUGAAGCAGACCGCUGGAGAGAGUUCAGCUAUAAAAACUAACAGGACAUCUAUUAUGCACUAAAGGAACAGCUGACCGAGAGCUUGACGCUUGGAAGAGCUGCUGCAAACUGUCAAACUGUGGACUUGACUAUCAUUUUGCACAACAUUGUUUUUAUGGUGUUACAGACUUUAUGCAAAAAAAACAAAAAUAUUCAAAAUGCGACAAAUUGCGUCUUUGUGUAUGGCAAUCGUGUGUUGAAACGUAUUUAUUUCUUUAUUUAUUUUGCUGUCUCUUUUCUUAUUAUUUAAGUGUUUAAUUGAGUGUAUUUUCUUUUUAGUAAUUUGUUUAUUUGUGACUGCGUGUUGUUUUUCCAGAUGUUUAAGAAGAAAAGUUUAGUCUGACUAACAAAAAAAAAAAAUCACCUGGAUCCACUGUUGGAUUUUUUUUGUUUCUUUUUUGUCAUUUUGUUAAACUGUGAAGUCUUCCUGUGUUUGCCACUGAUAACAUUUUUCUAAUACAUUUUUUCUAUAGAAGA